AUGCAGCAAUCCCCACCUCCUCUCCCGGCGGACAACGAGCCGAAAUACGGCGGGUUCAGUCGCUUCGAGGUCGAGCUUGAGUUCGUGCAAUCCCUUGCGAACCCCUUUUACCUAAACCAUCUCGCAUCCCAGAAGCUCUUGAACGAACCAGCCUUCGUCGCAUACCUCAGCUACCUCCGAUACUGGACCCGCCCGCCCUACAUCAAGUACCUCAACUAUCCCGGUCCGACCCUGAAGCACCUCGAGCUGCUCCAAGAAGAGCGCUUCCGACAGGACAUUAUCAGCCCCGAGUUGGUCUACGCGCUGGCUGCCGAGGGAGCCAAAGCAGCUGUGGAUUGGCACAAAGAAUAA